AUGGUCGGAGAUAUUAUUAACAAAUACUCUAAUAUUAAAACCACUUUGGAUCUUUGCGAAUUGUGGACACCAUCCAAAACGAGUAGAGCUAAAAACAUCACCCUCGGUGAUUCUUCCAUUAUUGCGUCGAAUCGAUGGAAUGAAAUUUCUAGUAUCAAAAAACAAUUUUGGAUGGAUUUAGCAAAUGUUUGUAAGAAAUUGCAUUCUUGCAACUAUCCAAAUUAUAAAUAUUGUCCAAAAAGGAGAAUUGAUACUGCUGAUAAUAAAAGAAAGAAAAAAAGAAGGUCUCGUAAAGAGAAGGCUGCUCCUUAUGCUCUUAGAAAUUCAAAUCUUACAAAUAUUAUAAAGCAAGCUUUUGUCGACCCUUCCAUCAUUCCAAGUCAGUAUUUGAACACUUUAUCCAAAACAGUUGUUCCUUCAUCUUCAAUUACUAAGUUUACGCAUAGACCUACUGCUUAA